UAAGUUUGAGGAAGUUUUAAUGGGAUAUCGCUGUUGAUGUUGCCGCUAAAUUGAGUUUAAUAUAUGAAUAGUGUUGUUCUGUCAUUGUUAUAAGUAUUAAAAAUGUCCAACCAUCGUAAUAAAUACGAAAAAGCAAGGAGACGUCUUGCCGCUGUGACUUUUCUGUCGAACAUAUCUCUGGAUGGGACGUUCAAGGAUACGGAAUUAUGUCACGUCGUUAAGAAGAACGAGAAAUCGGACACCAAGACCGUUGAGCUGGUAAAUGGGGUGGAAAAGGAUAAAGGGCACGAGAGUGUCCGCCGCAAAGCGCCGCAGAGCCCUGCGCACCGCGUCAUCGACAACCACUCCGUGAGCUCGGACUCCGACCCCAACACUAGCAUCACUCCAGUCAAAGCUGUUACCAAUCAUGUGUUUAGAGAUAGAUGUUCAUCCGGGAAUCAAGAGUCAUUCAAAGAGAAACUUGCAGGAGCCAGGACCAAGAAAGUACACCUAUCAUCACUUACUGGCAUCAAUAUUGAUGAUAAGAGCAGUUCAGAAAGCUUGAAUUUUGGUCGCUUCCGCACAAGCAGUACGUGCAUCCCUGAAAACCAGGUUCACACAAAGGAGUUGCGAUGCAUUCGUCCCUUAACCAAGGGGGUUUCGUUUAGAAACGAAAGGCUGGCAUUUGCACCUGGUUUAGGUGUGCCAUGUGUUGUAUUCAGUACCAUACCAUAUUCGAAAACUGUCAGGAAUCCUCGUUCUGACCACAGAAAAGAUGGCGGCCGCCGUCGCAACACUUCCGGUUCCGCAAGACCACUCUCAGCCAUUACUGACAAUGGUGUGGAUCCUUUCGAUCUCCUUGGUUUGGAAAAGGAGGAAAACGGUCAAGAUAUCUCCUAUUCAAAAUUGCUUGUACCAUCCAGAGUGUGUACCAGAGAACAGUAUCGGAAGAUGUAUGAAGGUGACUUCAGUGACAAAGCUAGUUGGAAGAUGAUGAAUCGCCAUCCUCAUGUCAUUGCCAGAACUAAGUUAUUGACGAGGCACAAGGAUAAAAAAUGGUGCUUCUCGUACGAGUCAUCGCAGAGGCCCCAAAUGGCCGCGUCGCCGCCUCUGAGUACAAUCGAUAACAAAACAUUCGAUUGGGAGGAAGCGUCGUUACUGACGCCAAAAUAUGUGCAGUACUGUCCCAACGUGCUGGACGACCCCGAGCUGAUCGCCGGCAAGCACAGGACGCUCCUCACCUUCACGUCCUACAUGACCUCCAUCAUCGACUACGUCCGUCCACAAGACCUCAAGAAGGAGCUCAACGAUAAAUUCAGAGAGAAAUUCCCUCACCUCAAACUGACUCUUAGCAAAUUGAGAAGCAUUAAGAAGGAGAUGCGCAAGAUAGCGAAACAUGACAGUGGCGGCAUCGACUUGCUAUCCGUCGCUCAAGCGUACGUCUACUUCGAAAAGUUGAUUCUGGCGAAUCUCAUUACGAAAGAUAAUAGAAAGUUGUGUGCUGGCGCGUGCUUGUUGCUGUCUGCUAAACUAAAUGACGUCAAGGGAGAAACAUUGAAGGCCUUAAUUGAGCGAAUCGAAACAACCUUCAGAGUGAACAGAAAGGACUUGAUGAAAUUCGAGUUCGCGGUCCUCGUGGCGCUCGAGUUCGGUCUGCACGUGCCUCCGUACGAGGUGUUCCCGCACUACCAGCGGCUGCUGCACGACUCGUGACCUUGGCGGCUGCCGUGCGCGCGCGCUCGCCGCCGCAGGUUGUCCGCCAGAGACAUUGACAAGUACUGCAGGGAGUACUGAGUGCGGAGUAGUUUUACAACACGUGUCAAUGACCUCAUGCCGUAAAGUUAUAUUGUAAGUACGCGUUGGCGCAAUUAAAUCGGGUCAUUUUGUGUGGAACUUUUCAUACAUCGUAUUUUGGUAAAUGCAUAAUAUAUGAACAACUUUAAAACAACAGUAAAAAGUCACUGUAAUAGUAAUCUUCAUACAAAAUGUCCCGUUAUUAAUGCUCUUGAAAGAAUAACCGUACAAAGACUAGCAAAUUAAAAACGUUUAGUGUAAUUCAGCCUUAAAUUAGCAAACGGAAUUUAGUUCGACUAGUACGUCGAAGAUAUGUGAGUUUUCUGUGAUUGUGUACUGCACAAGUUAGAAUUAGAUGCCGAUGGAUAUUUACAAGAGAAAUUCGAGUUCGCGGUCUCGUGGCGGUUACACGGCAGGGGUACACGGUUACACGGCCGCUGUAUGAGGUGUUCCCACUUGGCUACGGCGCUUGGUUGUCAAUCCAGUUGUCGUAAGCAACUCAGUGGGAAGAAAGCAAGUAGUGUUCGAAUAUUUUCGUGCGCUAGAUAUUUAUAAAUGAAUUAGUUACAUUUAUAUAGUGGGUAUGUACUUUUACAGCUGUGUGUUUAUGUAGAUCGUCCCACAGUUUAUUAUCGAUAUGCAUGUAGCACCAAAGAGUGUGGAGUUAUAGGUGAGAUUUUAAUAGAUAUAGGAAAUUAAUGUGGUAUAAAAGGUACAUUAUUUUCGCUAUAUUUCAAUUACGGAAAACAAAAAAUUAGGGAAGCGACUAAGCCUGAGUUACUAUGAGAACCGGUGUCGCCAAAACCUGGGCCAUACUAUCUCAUUUCAAAAGAGACCAUGCAGCCACACGCUUUAUACGUACGUUAGUCUUCUACAGUAUUUUUUUUCUGUGAUUUCAAUGGACCUUUUCUGCUAAACAGUCUCUUUUUAGGGUUCCGUACCCAAAGGGUAAAAACGGGACCCUAUUACUAAGACUCCACUGUCCGUCUGUCUGUCACCAGGCUGUAUCUCAUGAACCGUGAUAGCUAGGCAGUUGAGAUUUUCACAGACUACAUAUUUCUGUUGCCGCUAUAACAAAUACUAAAAACAGAAUAAAAAAUAUUUAAGUGGCGCUCCCAUACAACAAACGUAAUUUAUUUGCCGUUUUUUGCGUAAUUGUACGGAACCCUUCGUGCGGGAGUCCGACUGGCACUUGGCCGGUUUUUUCAUCUUAGUAAAACGCUGUCAAUUCUUUUUCUUGCCUAGAGCGGCAGCAUAUAAGCUCUCGUUAGACCUAUUUAAACUAAAAUCUAUGACACAUUUAAAUAGCUGAUGCACACAAAAGCGAGUCCGACUCGGUCUUGCCGUUUAACUUGUUAUAAGUAAGGUGUAUUCGGGUACUACCGAAUGUCGGAUAAUUCCGAAAUUCAGAUGAAAAUCACCCUUAAUUCCAUCAUAAUAAAAGUCUCUUUUCGGAAUUAUCCGACAGUUUUCGACAUUCGGAAUUACCCGAGUAAACCUUAGUUAGUUUUUAAGUGUUUUCCUAGUACUCAACCAAAUUUUAUCUAGGUAUAUACUUAAUUAGAAUAAUUAUAAAUUUAGAAAGGCAUUAGCUAAAUGUAAAUGUAAGGGGCUGCCCCGUUUCCUCCUACGUCAUGCUACCAUCAUCCGAUGUCCAGACCCCCCCCCCCCUAAUAUCGAAUGACGUAAUUUAUAAAUAGCCCCAGGGGAUGAUGUAUGUGUAGACGUAAGGCGGUGUAAUAGAGUAAUUCCGAAUACAGUCAAGUGGAAUAACAGGGGACAGGAGGGGUAACAUUUGACAAAGCAAAUAUUCCCCAAUUAUACACCGUGUUUUUAUUGAAUUCCGUGAACUUCGGGGUAUGAUUAAGUACGUUUAAGAGAACUAAAUGGCAUAGUUAAUUUUCAAUAAAAAAAAUUUUUUUUUUGGUAUUAUUGAAAAAAAAAUUGUUUAAAAAGUAAUUAAAUGUAGCAUAUAGCGUUGUUGUAACACGGGCAUUACAUUUAACAAAACCAAACAAUUGAAAUCUGUGACAUAUCAAUGUCAUUUCGAACAUCGAUCGACCGAGAUUGUACUUAAGUUUAGUAGCAAAUGCAUGAACUCAUUCUAAACACUAAUCAAUAUGUAAACUGGCCCUAAGGCAAGUGUACACGCUUGUAGAGGCCUUAUAGGAUAAAAAUAAAUUAUUGAUUAUCUCCGAAAUGGAGUUAAUUAGAAUAUCGGUGUCUUUGAGAAAGUUACUUGAUUUAAGCUCAGGAAUGCACCCCUGAAAUUAACGGAAAUCAAAAAAAACACAGUGUAUGUAUGAAUUUUUUUUUUGAAAGUAAAUAUUUUUAUUUCAUCAAUCCUGACAUGUCACUUACAUUUAUUAAACAAUACUUAAUCUAACCUCCAUCACUUAAUAUAAAACGAAUACACAACAAAACCAUACAUCAACAUUACAUACAAACAGGCAUAAAAUACAAAAACAAUGUAUGAACUUGGCUGACAAUAUUCUACUUUUUACAAUUUUCAAAUCAGGAUUUACCAGUGUAACGGUGAAUUUUUCAACUAUGUAACUAAAUUGGUUUAUAGUCAAAGAAAUAGUCUAAAGUCUUCCUUCUGUCCCCCACUUGACUUCAGAUUGUACUGAUCCCGAAAAUGGACUCAAAAAUCAUAGCAUUAUGUGUGAUAUUUAGAAUUACCCGACUUUCUGAACCGAAUACACAUCAGGCCUUUUUCGGUAACUUGGAAAUAGGUACAGUUGCCAUCAGAUCAGGUGUAUCAUUAUUGUACAUACCUCCCUAUUAGCCCUACCUAUUUGUGUCAUUUGUUAUGGCAUUAAGAGUGUAUGUUGUAAUAUUUUAUAACCGAAUAACUACGCUUAUAUUUGAUGACGUUUGUAACUAUAAGUCCUACUGAAUUCACCCAUUUUAUAGUAUAGGUACCUACUUGUCACGGUAUUAAAGUAAUGUACUUAUCAAUCUUUGCCAUGUAGUAAAUUAUAAAGUGGACCUACCGCGAACAUCGAGAACCUAAAUAUCUGCCUUUAUCGCUCUUGGAAAUUCUCACUAUCUCUCUAUUUUGUAGUAUUUUUUGCUUUAUAUUAUUUCUUUGAUUAUGUCACUUUAUGCUUUACUACCUUUAUAUUUAAUGUGCCCACAGAUUACCAGGUCGCCGGACGAUAUCAGCCUGUCAGUUAAACGCAAAAGGUGACAGUUCCGAACAACUGACAGGCUGAUAUCGUCCGGCGAACCUUACCUUCUGAAAAAAAAAAUGAUAUGUUUUUCGUUUUGGAAGAACAAGGCCUAAAAUAAGCUCAAAAUUUAUAGUAUAAGGUUCAUGUAUAGCGAUUGUCGCCGUGCCAAGGCUAGAACUAGUCAAGUAGCUUGGAAUUGGUAUUUUAGUACUACAUACUAUAUAUUGAACUAGCUUACAAUUUUAAUAGUAGAUAUGUAAUGUCUAAUGUUUAUGGAACUGUGAUAAAAAGUGAAAUUAUUAGAAAUACACUGGAAAAAUCUAUAAUUUAUUGAAGAUGUGUUAAAUAUUUGUAAAUUGGUUAUUGAUAAAUAUGCAUUUGUGUUUCUGUUAAUAAUUAAGUUUGUGCAAAAUUGAAUUAAGCCACGUAAAAAAGGAUUUUUAAAAAUAUGUAUGUUAUAAUAUAAUUUUAAUUCUGAUCA